GCCUGGCCCUUUAAGCGUCCAGACGGCGGCCCCAGCUGACGCGCGGGCUCCAAUCGGCGCCCCGCGCCCCCCGCCCGCCGCGCCCGAGGCUCCGGGGCCGCAGCUGCUCGCGCUGGACUCGCCGCGGCCCUGCGCCUCCGCCCGCCCGGCCGCGCCCCCGGGGGCCAUGGUCGCGGGGCCCUGCGCGGGGGCGGCCCCCAGCGCGGCGCUUCAUGGAGCGGCCCCGGCCCGGCCGCCGGGGGCAGCGCGAUCCCGCGGGGCCCUGUGAGCCCCCCGCGCCGCGGCACCAUGUUGCUGGUUGAGAAGACGACCGACUCCCCGGCGGCUGAGUUCUCGCUGGUGGAGGACGUGGCGCUGCACUUUGCCUGCUUGAUGGGCCGUCUCAACGAGCAGCGCCUCUUCCAGCCCGACCUCUGCGACGUGGACUUGGUGCUGGUGCCCCAGCGCAGCGUCUUCCCGGCGCACAAGGGCGUGCUGGCUGCCUACAGCCAGUUCUUCCACUCGCUCUUCACCCAGAACAAGCAGCUGCAGCGUGUGGAGCUGUCCCUGGAGGCGCUGGCACCUGGGGGCCUGCAGCAGAUCCUCAACUUCAUCUACACGUCCAAGCUGCUGGUCAACGCAGCCAACGUCCACGAGGUGCUGAGCGCCGCCUCGCUGCUGCAGAUGGCUGACAUUGCUGCGUCCUGCCAGGAGCUGCUGGAUGCCCGCUCUCUAGGCCCACCAGGCCCUGGCACUGUGGCCCUGGCCCAGCCGGCCGCCAGCUGCACCCCAGCUGCAACCCCCUACUACUGUGACAUCAAGCAGGAGGCCGACACCCCAGGCCUGCCCAAGAUCUUCGCCCGAGAGGGCCCCGACCCUUUCUCCGUGCGUGUCGAGGACGGGGCAGGGGCUGCUGGCGGCACAGGGCCUGCCACCAUUGGGCCAGCCCAGCCUUUCUUCAAGGAGGAGAAGGAGGGUGGUGUUGAGGAGGCUGGCGGGCCCCCAGCCAGCCUGUGCAAGCUGGAGGGUGGGGAGGAGUUGGAGGAAGAGCUUGGGGGUUCUGGCACCUACAGCCGCAGGGAGCAGUCCCAGAUCAUCGUGGAGGUGAACCUCAACAACCAGACACUGCACGUGUCCACGGGGCCAGAGGGGAAGCCAGGUGCCGGGCCAAGCCCGGCUACCAUGGUGCUGGGCCGGGACGACGGGCUGCAGAGACACUCAGAUGAGGAGGAGGACGAUGAGGACGAAGAGGAGGAGGAAGAGGAGGAAGAGGAAGGCGGUGGCAGUGGAGGGGAGGAGGAGGAGGAGGAGGAGGAGGGUGGCAGUCAGGGAGAGGAGGAAGAAGAGGAGGAGGAGGGGCACAGUGAGCAGGAGGAUGAGGAGGAGGAGGAGGAGGAGGAGGAGGAAGCACCCAGUGAGCAGGAUCAAGAGAGCUCUGAGGAGGAGGAGGGGGAUGAGGGGGAGGCUGGGGGCAAACAGGGGCCACGGGGAAGCCGAGGCAGCCGGGCAGACCCCCCUCCCCACAGUCACAUGGCCACGCGGUCCCGGGAGAAUGCCCGGCGUCGGGGCACCCCUGAACCUGAGGAGGCUGGGCAGCGGGGUGGGAAGCGGCCGAAGCCCCCUCCCGGAGCAGCCUCUGCACCGGCCCGGGGGCCGCCAGCCACUGAUGGGCUGGGGGCCAAGGUGAAGCUGGAGGAGAAGCAGCACCAUCCGUGCCAGAAGUGCCCACGAGUUUUCAACAACCGCUGGUACCUGGAGAAACACAUGAACGUGACCCACAGCCGCAUGCAGAUCUGCGACCAGUGCGGGAAGCGCUUCCUGCUGGAGAGUGAGCUGCUGCUGCACAGGCAGACGGACUGUGAGCGCAACAUCCAGUGUGUGGCGUGUGGCAAAGCUUUCAAGAAGCUCUGGUCCCUCCACGAGCACAACAAGACCGUGCACGGCUACGCGGAGAAGAAGUUCUCCUGUGAGAUCUGCGAGAAGAAGUUCCACACCAUGGCGCAUGUGCGCAAGCACAUGGUUGCCCACACCAAGGACAUGCCCUUCACCUGUGAGACCUGCGGGAAGUCCUUCAAGCGCAGCAUGUCUCUUAAGGUGCACUCUCUGCAGCACUCCGGGGAAAAGCCGUUCAGGUGUGAGAACUGCAAUGAGCGCUUCCAGUACAAGUACCAGCUGCGGUCACACAUGAGCAUCCACAUCGGCCACAAGCAGUUCAUGUGCCAGUGGUGCGGCAAGGACUUCAACAUGAAGCAGUACUUCGACGAGCACAUGAAGACCCACACAGGAGAGAAGCCCUACAUCUGCGAGAUCUGCGGCAAGAGCUUCACCAGCCGGCCCAACAUGAAGCGGCACCGGCGCACACACACAGGCGAGAAGCCAUACCCGUGCGACGUGUGCGGCCAGCGCUUCCGGUUCUCCAACAUGCUCAAGGCGCACAAGGAGAAGUGCUUCCGGGUCAGCCAGGCACCGCCCGGUGACGUCGCCCCCGCGGCGCCCGCCCCGCCCCCGGCGCACGCGCUGUCCCUGCUCGCGGGCCCGCCCCCGCCCCCGCGCUUGCCGCCGCCGCCCCCGCUCUUCCCCGCCGCCGCCAGCCCGGGCGGGAGGAUGGGCGCCAGCAACUAGCCGCGGAGCAUCCGCGCAGGGCCCGGAGUCGGGGCCGGACGGUGGGGCGGCGCUGCCUUCCCGGGAGCCGGGGCCCUGGCCGUUGGGGCCGUGGGGGCCGUGCGGGCCGGAGCUGCUGGAGGGCCCCGCCCGCCCGGGCGCCCUCCUUCCUGUGACUCCUUCAAGCCUUGACCGUCUUUUCUUUUUUUCUGGAGGUGAAGGAAGGAAACCGUUCGCAGCACCUUCCUGCAGGCGAGGGGGUGCCGGGGGCGCGCAGCGGAGAGAGAGGGGCCUGGGCGGCAGGGGUGCCCGUCCCGAUGCCGGGGCCCGAGCCGGAGGGUCGGCCUCCGCGGCCUAUUCCCGUGUCCCCCGUGCCCCGAAUUUGCUUCCUCUUCUUGGAGGGUUUGGGGAGGAGGCGCUGCGCCAGCCCCCCAGCUCUUGAGGAGUUGCGGACCCAGUCUGAGGGCCGCAAGCACGAGGCGGCGUGUGGGGUUUGGAGGCUGCGGAGCGGGGCAGGCAGGGGCUGGACCCCAGGACUUGCCCUCUCCACCCACCCCCUGCCUGCAGGCCCAGGGAUCCCUGACUCGCACCAGGUGGCACCAAGGGCCCCGAGUCCCGGCGAUGUCCCAGAAGCGGCUGCGCCUCAGCACUGCUCGCCAGGCCCUGGGUGGGCAGACAGGCUGGCUGGCACCGGCUCUGGGGGCAGAGUCCUGGGAGGAGGCUUGGACGGUGUUGGUUUCAAGGUGCUAUUAGGGAGGCAGGGGCAGGGCGGCUGCUCACAGAGCACCCCAGUUCCUCACCAGCUGCCCUGGCCGUAUAUCCCACACCAGAAGGAACUAGUGUGGCUGUGUCUGUCUCUGCUCCCCAAAGGCCGCUCUAGGUCCUGCCGCAGCCUGUCCCUGGCUGGCUCCAGCAUCCUCGCCCCUCCUGGGCCUCUGCACUGGUGGGUGGGGCGCCCGUGACGCUGCCGGUAGGGGAGCCUGCAUGUUCAGGCCCUUGGGGGCCGGGGGGACUGGGAGGCGCAGCCUAGACCCAUUGCUUGCCCCCAUGAGGCUAGCACUAAUAGGAACCCCUUUUUUGUUGUCAUUUAACGUCUUUAUUCCUGCCUUUAAUAUGGGGAGGAAGGUUCCAUAAGCUACAUGUUCCUAGUUAAGCUCUUCCCUAUUGUGUUUAUCAGUUUUGUUUGUUAUACUCUUUGCACCUUAAUCCCCCACCACUCCCGACACUAUUGCCUUCCCAGCAUGGCUGGAGUGGGAAGAGGCUUGGGCCCCGGGGGAAUGGUUAGGGGACUGACCUCUGACCUUGUGAGGCCCAUGGCGCUGGGGCAGGGAGCUGGGGACAUUUUAAUCAUCAAUAAACGAAGCACUUUAUUCUGUA